AUGAAUAAACCUAAUGAAAUUAAUAACCAACCCACUAAAACACUUCGAAGGGGCAGGAGUAAAGUAAAGUUUAAUGUAGCAAGCGAAGCACCUAACCACAUCAUUUCUGAAACCAAUAUUGCCAAUACCUCUAAUGUAAAUACUACAAAUACUCAACCUGCUAUAACCCUUCGAAGGGGAAGAAGCAAAGGAAAGAUUAAUGUAACAAGUGCAACAUCUACUAACAUCAACUCUGAAACCAAUAAAUCUGGUACCUCUAAUGGAACAAAUCUAAAUACUGUAAAUACUCAACCUGCUAUAACCCUUCGAAGGGGCAGGAGCAAAGGAAAGAUUAGUGCAACACCUACCAACACUAACUCUGAAACCAAUAAUUCUGGUACCUCUGAUAGAACAAAUCUAAAUACUAUAAAUACUCAACCUAAAACAACCCUUCGAAGGGGAAGGAGCAAAGGAACGAAUAAUUUAACAAGCGCAGUCCCUACCAACAUCAAAUCUCAAACCAAUAAUGCCAGUACCUAUAAUAGAACAGAUAUAAAUGCUCUAAAUACUCAACAAACUAUAACCCUUCGAAGAGGUCGGAGCAAAGGAAAUCUUAAUGUAACAAGCGCAACACCUAGCAACAUCAAUUCUGAAACCAUUAAUGCUGGUACCUCGAAUGAAACAAAUAUAAAUACUCCAAAUACUCAACCUAUUGUAACCCUUCGAAGAGGUAGGAGCAAAGGAAAGAUUAAUUUAACAAGCGCAACACCUACCAACAUCAAUUCUGAAACCAUUAAUGCUGGUACCUCUAAUGAAACAAAUGUAAAUGCUACGAAUACUCAACCUACUAUAACUCUUCGAAGGGGCAGGAGCAAAGGAAUGAUUGAUGUAACAAUGGCUGAAAGUUCAUCAACUUUAAGAAAAAGAAAGGCAGACGAAAAUGAAUCGCAACAGCCAACGAAAAAACGUGGCCGUGGUAGGCCACGAAAGACACAACCCCAAACAAAAUCUCCAACACAACCACAACAACCUCAAACACUAUCACAACCCCAAUUAGAACCCGAACCACAACCCAAACUACAACCCCAACCACAACCACAGCCGGAAUCCCAACCACAGCCGGAACCACAAUCACAGCCGCAACCACAAUUAAGAAUAUUUGGUAGCGGUAUAUUUGGAGCAGCGACCAAAUAUUCUGGAAAUGCUUUUUCAGGAAGUGUUGUUAACCCACAAAAAUCAAUUUUUGAUGAACAACCUUCCCGAAAUGAUGAUAAAGAUAAAGAAGAUAAGAAAAGUGAUGUGAAAGAAGAAGUCACUUUUGAAACAGGAACACAAACUUUUUUCCGGGAACAAGAAGUUUCAACUGGGGAAGAGAAUGAGAUUACUCAACACUCGGUUAGGGCAAAGUUAUUCUUUAUGGAUGGGCAGACAUGGAGAGAAAGAGGAGUUGGAACAUUGAAACUUAAUUGUUCAAGAAAUUAUGAACAAUCCCAUCGCUUAGUCAUGCGUACUGACAAUGUAUUAAAAGUGAUCUUAAAUGUUGCACUAUUUCAAGGAAUGUAUGUUGAAAGAUCACAGGAGAAAUUUUUAAGGUUAUUUGCCUUCGAGGGUGAUUUGCUUGUUCAACUAGCUAUUAAGGCAGCUGAUAAUUUAUAUGAAGCUAUAAAAGAUGCAAUUCCACCAGCUGAAUCCUAUCCUAAAGUAACCUCCGAGAUGUCUUUUUGA